AUCCCGAGAAAGAGGCGCAGGACGAGGAGGCAAAACCCGACCGGCGCGUAGAGCAGCAGUGCUAGCAGCAGAAAGCCGUCACCCGGGAGCCUGGGGGCGAGAGGCGAAGUGAUCGGGCACCGAAGGCCAAGAAGAUGCGAGGAUCGGCCUCUUCCCGCCGGGGCUCUUACCGGUGAGAGUCAAAGAGCCUCUCCGGCCCCGGCGCUGAGGGAAGCUCCAUAACUGCAGCUUCAGGAGCGCCCGGCCGUCGCUGCCGCCAUCUUCGCGCCUGGCCGCAAGGGCUCCUGGGAAGGCGGAGUCUUUGGGCAUUCGCCCGGGGUGACUGGACCUGAAGUCCUGAGGCGCCCCGGAAGGGCUAGAAGUCCCAGCAUGCCCCGCAGCCCCUUGGGCCGUCUCACAACUCGGGUCCCGCGGAGACCACAAUUCCCGGCAUUCGCGGGAUGGGGAGGAGGCGGCCUCCCGGAAUCCUGGUUCCGGCGUGCACUUCUGGAGGACUUCAAGUACCAGCGUGCCCUGCGUCCUACUGUCCGCUUACUCGCGUCCUGGGUGCCGCCUCUGAGUAGGGCGGGCGAGGAGGCAGCCGAGGCGGAGCUGAUGGCUGCGCUGAGGGCGGGGCGGGGUGCAGGCUGGAUCCUCCGGGCAUGGCGGGCUUUGGGGGGUAUUCGCUGGGGGAAGAGACCCCUGUUGACCCCUGACCUCCGGGCUCUGCUGACGUCAGGAACUUCUGACCCCCGGGCCCGAGUGACUUAUGGGACCCCCAGUCUCCGGGCCCGGUUGUCUGUUGGGGUCCCUGAACCCCGAGUACGUCUGACGUCUCGGACCCCGGAUCCUCGGGAACAACUGACUGCGGGGACCCCAGAUACCAGGACCCAGGAGGCCUCUGGGAACUCUGGAAGCCGUUCGCGCGCGUGGCUGGCGGUGGCGCUGGGCGCCGGGGGGGCAGUCCUGUUGUUUUUGUGGGGCGGGGGUCGGGGUCCACCGGCCGUCCUCGCCGAAGUCCCUGGCCCGCCUCCCACCUCUCCCCGGAGUCAGUACAACUUCAUCGCAGAUGUGGUGGAGAAGACAGCACCUGCCGUUGUCUAUAUCGAGAUCCUGGACCGGCACCCUUUCUCGGGCCGCGAAAUCCCUAUCUCGAACGGCUCAGGAUUCGUGGUGGCUGCCGAUGGGCUCAUUGUCACUAACGCCCAUGUGGUGGCUGAUCGGCGCAAAGUCCGUGUGAGACUGCUUAGCGGCGACACGUAUGAGGCCAUCGUCACAGCUGUGGAUCCCGUGGCAGACAUCGCAACGCUGAGGAUUCAGACUAAGGAUCCUCUCCCCACGUUGCCUCUUGGAUGCUCAUCUGAGGUCCGUCAAGGGGAGUUUGUUGUUGCCAUGGGAAGUCCCUUUGCACUGCAGAACACGAUCACAUCCGGCAUUGUUAGCUCUGCUCAGCGUCCAGCCAGAGACCUGGGACUCCCCCAAACCAAUGUGGAAUACAUUCAGACUGAUGCAGCUAUUGAUUUUGGAAACUCUGGAGGUCCCCUGGUUAACCUGGAUGGAGAAGUGAUUGGAGUGAACACCAUGAAGGUCACAGCUGGAAUCUCCUUUGCUAUCCCUUCUGAUCGCCUUCGAGAAUUUCUGCGUCGUGGGGAACAGGAAAAUUCCUCGUGUGGAAUCAAUGGGGCCCGACACUGCUACAUUGGGGUGAUGAUGCUGACCCUGACUCCCAGCAUCCUUGCUGAACUACAGCUUCGAGAUCCAAGGUUUCCCGAUGUUCGGUAUGGUGUACUCAUCCAUAAAGUCAUCCUGGGCUCCCCUGCACACCGGGCUGGCCUGCGGCCUGGUGAUGUGAUUUUGGCCAUUGGGGACAAGGUGGCACGUAGUGCUGAAGAUAUUUAUGAAGCUGUUAGAACCCAACCCAAGAUGGCAUUGCGGAUCCGGCGGGGACGAGAAACACUGACCUUAUAUGUGACCCCUGAGAUCACAGAAUGAACAGAUCAGCAAGAGUAUGAGGCUCCUACUCUGAUUUCUUCCUGCCUUCCUGGCUGAGGCUUGAGGGCACCGGGACAGAGGGUUAAAUGAACCAGUGGGGGCAGGUCCCUCUAACCACCAGCACUGAUUCCUGGGCUCUGAAGAAUCACAGAAACACUUUUUAUAUAAAAUAAAAUUAUACCUAGCAACA